UGUUCGAGACAAAACAGAUGUAUUACUCAUGCCAUUCUGUGUUGAUCUUUAAUUAGAUAACGUUGUCACACAAAGGACGUACACUCACGUACUGCAUGAUCGAGUCCAAGGGAAACUACUCCAUUUUGCUGCUUCUGUAGAGACGUCAUCAUUCUAUGCGCUCAAAAGCGUUGUAUCUAAAAUGGCUGCGCUCAUGCGGUGUGCACGCUUCUUUAUACCAGUAUUUCAUUCGCAAAAACUUCUUCGUGUGACCUUUACAGGAUCAGCUCAGAUUAAUCAACAUCUUUUGUCCCAGAAUCCUACAUCUUUAGAUCAGAGAUCAUGGACAAGUAAACUCGCUGAAGAUAUAGAUUCUGUACCACCAACUACCUCCAAAAUUGAAAAUCUUAUCAAUGUCUUAGAGCGUUAUGUAAAACAGUUUGGACGUGUUUCGCGAAAGCAGCUGGACCCCAUUGUAUCACAUCUGGACAAGGAAGGAACUAUCAGUGCCCAGAACAGUCUAUCACUUUUACGACUGUAUGGCGCAACUCUCUUUGAUGAACCACCAUCAACUCGUCUUAAACUCGCUCAGGAACUAUGGGACAAGUACAAGAAAUAUGAUAUACCUCUGGAUGUCACUCACUACAAUGCUUUGUUGGGUGUUUACAUCCAAAACAAACAGAAGUUUUCACCAACAGAGUUCCUGGCUGCCAUGGAAAGUGAUGGGAUCCAACCUAACAGAGUGACAUAUCAACGACUGAUUGCUUCCUUCUGCGAAGGAGGGGACAUUCAGGGUGCAACGCAAGUUUUGGAGUACAUGAAGGCAGCAUCUUUGCCGAUCAGUGAUGUGGUCUUCAACGCCUUCAUUACAGGUCAUCUGCGUGCAGGUGAUCCUGACAGUGCAAAGAAUAUUUUGGAUGUUAUGAGACAAACAGGUCUUGAGCCAACCAGCUCUACCUACCAAGUGCUGGCAGCAGGUUUUGCAGAGAAAGGGGAUAUAGAAGAGAUGAAAAAGUUCAUAAACCUGGCAGAAAUUGAAAAUGUGCCAUUAAGACCUAAUCAACUAUUGGAGGUCUAUACUGUCUUGGCAGCAGCAACAAAAAACUCCCAGCACCUCAAAGAAGUCCUAACCUUUCUGCACAGUGGCAUUCCUUUCAACCAGGAUGCGGUUCGCACUUGCAACCAGCUAAUAGCGUCUGGCUUGGAUGAUGCAGCCUACCAACUGUUCUUGGAAAUGCCUCGGCCAAGUCAGGAUGAUUCAGAUCAUCCGACACUUGGGAGAUUCUUUCUGCGAGCUCUUGCAAGGCAUCAGAGGCCUUUGGAUACAGUUGUAAAGAUAAUAAAUGAUAUGCAAGAGAAAGGUAUCAACAAAGAUGAUCUCAGUGCUGUUGCACAUCUGGCUUUCCUUGAAAACAAACCAGAAUAUGCCUUGAAAGUUGUGGAGAAAAUGAAAUUAGAGGGUUUUCCUAUUCGUGCUCAUUAUUUCUGGCCAGCAUUUUGUCAGUUCCAAGAUGCAGGAGACAAGAAAAAUAUUUAUGAGACCUUGAAAGUUCAGAAAACUUUGUGUGAAAACCGUGAUGACUUUAUCUUGACGCUACACAGCUAUGUCAUACCAGCUUUGACUUCACUUGGAGAGUCACAAGAUGAGAUUGUGAAAAAUCUGAAGGCUUAUGACUUCCAAGAAAGAGAGGUGAACUUUGCAUGUUUCCUUUAUCAUCUCACCCAAGGCACCCUUCAGCCUGCUCUCAAGUUCUUGGAUGGAAGAGAGCUAUUCAUAAUUAUUGGUGCCGUACGUGCUGCCAUCAUACCUUUUCUGCACAAGACCCAAGACUGGAAGGGAUCCCUCGAGAUUCUGGCUUUGUUGAAAGCCCAAAGUGACCGCUGGAAGACACCAGCAUUGGACCUCACUUCCACUGUUUUAAAGCAGAUCCUUUUGCAGCAGAAGGAGAAGAAAUGGGUCAAUGUACCAGAGAUCUUUGACUUCAUGGAGAAGAAUGAAUUGAGAAUUACGAGGCGAAGUCAAUCAGAACUAGAGCUGCUUAUGGAAAAUUCUGCACCCGAACUUCUGAAAAGGUUGAAUGAUCUGGCUGCAAAUGAAGCAGAUACUGAGAAAAAAGAGAAUCCUGAACCAUCUUUACCCGAUCUUACACUUCAAGAGCUGCGGCACUUGGCAGAGAAGAACCCAAAUAACAAGUCCGUUCAAAAACGCUUGCUUGUUAAAGCUUGUGCAGUUGGGGAUGAGGAAGAAGCUGAAAAAGUGCGAUCAAAACUAGAAGAGGGGGGAUUUAUAUUUCCCCCUAUCGUGCUGUCUCAGCUGGCAUACCUGUAUGCUGCACACGUCAAGAAUAUAGAGAAAGCACAACAUUAUCUUCAGCAGCUAGAAACUCUGUAUCCUGAUCACAAGCACUAUAUGUCUUUGGUGUUGAAGAUCGCCUUAUUGCAGGUAUCAAAUGGACAGGUAGAUGCUGCAGUCGGUACACUACAGAGUUUUGCUCAGAAACAUCCAGAUGUCAUAAAAAUGCAGAACUUUCCAAAAGAUGAGUACUUCAGAGAUGUAGUGAAAGCUGCCAAGAAUGUGGAAGAGGCUAAAAAGCUGAAAGACGCAAUCUACACUUUAGGCUACAUUACUACCAGCAACACGUCUGCCUUAGAUGCCUACAUGGACUUUGUUGUCAGCAGUGGAGAUGGGGAUUUCAUACUGAAAGAAGUGGAAAAUAUAAUUAAUCUGCACCGACGCUCUCCUGGAGUUGAUCAGGUUUUAAAAUAUUUCAUAGAAAAAGAAGAUCCAGAAAGGCUUCAGAAAGUGGUAGACCUCCUGACAGAACUUCAUGGUCUCGUUAAUGUUUUCCAUCACCUUAUUGCUGAUUUCAUCGAAUGUGGACAUGUCAAGAAAGCCAGAAAAAUUUUAGAGACACCUGGCCUGCGAGCCAGCAAGCAGAGACUAAGCUACUACUGCCAGCAUUUUAUAGAAAGUGGCAAGAUUAAAGAACUGGAAACUCUGGUAGAAAUAACAAAGGAUCUUUUUGGUGCUGAUAGAGACAAUAUGCUCUUCCACCUCAUGCGAGGAUAUGUGAGCCAGAACAACAUGGAGAAAGCAAAAGAUGUCCUUUUGCAGUAUGAGGAAGAGUUUAUUCAGCCUAGCCAACAAACUCUACGCUUUCUUGCCCGAAACUUACAAAAACGUGGAAUGCCUGUACCUUUUAAUGUCGAAGAUAAGCCUGAAGCAAAAACCACUGAGACUAUUGAAGAAGCCAAGGUGUGACUGAGAGCAGGCUUAAUCAACUGACUAUGAUAACAAGAUGGCAGCGUAAUAUUUACUUGUUACCUUACACUUAUGUCACCAAAGAGGAACAGAGACAUGUAAAGAUUGCUGAAUCCAUGAAAACAUCAACACAGUGUGUUGAUAUUUCUUUCCUCAGCUGUCAGGAAGGAAAGAAGAAACAAAUGAUUUUGUUGCUGUUCAUAUUAGUCAUAGGAGAUGAAAUACAGGUCUGCCACCAGAUUUUUCCACAAAAUUGCAGAAUCAGUUUUUCAUGUGUUUAUUUUUACUGAAUCCAUUUUAUGUAGGUCUUGGCUGCAGUGAAUGUGUUGGUGUCAUUGUAAACCAGAUUAGACAUGAACAUUGCUGAAAUGUGCUUGCAGUAGAUGGUCAGUCAGAUAUUGUGGUAUGAAAAGAUUUAUUUGCAGGUUGGAGGAAUGUGUUGUAUAUAACUUGUCAGGAGGAAGUGUGUGGAAGAUGAUGUAGUGGAGUAUGACCUUGAGAAAUGUAUGUUUGAGCAGACAAUAAAAAGAUAAUGUCUGUCA